UCAGCUACACUCACCCGCCUCGGCUGGAGCGUCCAUGGGAAAGUGUGCGUGCCGCGGACUGUCCGUCCGUCCAGGGGCUCGCCAUCUGUCGCUGUCCAUACUAACCUUUUUAUUGCAGAUAGCGGAGCAGAUCACGAUACCACAUCAGAUGAGUGCCUCUUAAGGGAAAUCCACGAAGAUGUUAGGCGCUCGUUUCUGCUAGAUUCCAUGGGCGUGACGGCGCACGCGCGCCAAAAAACCGACGACGCCCGCGCCGUCGCGCAGCUGGAGCGCUCCGCCGAGCUCAUCGAUGGGCGCUGGUACGUCGGCCUUCCGUGGAAGGACGAAAACCGCCCCAUGCCCGACUCCCGCCCAAACGCGCUUACCAGGAUGAAGGGUAUUGAGCGCAAAAUGGGCAAGGAUCCAGGAUUCGCCGACAGGUACCGUGAAAGGGUCAGUCAUUUGUUAGAAAAUGAUUACGCUAGGGAAAUGACUAACACUGAGGUCACGCCGAAGACUUAUUACUUACCUCAUUUCGGCGUGGACAACCCCAAUAAGAAAAAACUUCGUCUGGUCUUUGAUGCUGCAAGUCAGGUAAGUGGUAGCUCACUGAACGAUUAUUUGCUCACAGGACCUGACCUAUUGUCAUCACUUUUAGGUAUAAUGCUGCGCUUUCGGGAACAUCCAAUUGCAGUAACAGGUGACAUUAGGGACAUGUUCUUGAGGGUCAAGAUCCAGCAAGACGACCAGGACGCACUGAGGUUUCUGUGGAGAAACAACCCCACAGAAAACAUAAGGACGUACGCGAUGACGUCACUCAUUUUUGGCGCAAAUUGUGCUCCAUUCGUCGCGCAAUUUGUUAAAAAUAAAAACGCCCAGCGAUUUGAAUCGUCGUUUCCCGCCGCCGUCGAUGCCAUCGUCAACUCGCACUACAUGGACGACUACAUCGACAGCCUGCCCGACGAGGCGAUAGCGAUCGAAAUGGUAAGGAAUGUCAGUGAUAUCCACAGGGCGGGCGGCUUUGAAAUAAGAAACUGGACAAGCAACAGCGUCGCAGUUUUAAACAGCGUGCCAAAGGAGACCUUAGGUACUGCUGCUGUAAGGUUCAAAGUCGGCCAGCAACAUGAAAGCGAGCGUACCUUGGGUCUCAUUUGGUACCCGGCUGACGACAUAUUGGGCUUCGAUUUGUCAUUAAAACGUAUACCGAGCGACGUACUUGAAGGUGAGAAUAGGCCUACAAAGCGUGUAAUGCUAAGAGUAAUUAUGUCUAUAUUUGAUGUACUAGGUUUCUUAGCACCCUUCACGAUUCAAGGCCGAAUCAUGCUUCAAGAGGCUUGGCGCUUACAGGUGGAUUGGGAGGAUUACAUUCCAGACCAGAUUUAUCAAAAGUGGCGAAAGUGGGUUGACCUUCUAAAGGUAAUUAAAGAUAUCCGUAUACCUAGGUGGUACUGCACAGCCGCGCGCAAUGCGGUAAGGGACAGCCAAUCGGCGACAGCGUGUGCGAGCGAAAUGCAAGAUUGUGUGGAUAUCGACGCAGAGGUACCUACCUCGCCCCCCGCGACCCACGCGCCUACGCACGGUGCUACGAAAGGCUACGACGGCGUAGCGGCAUCUACAUAUGCUACGACCGCACCGAGUAGUAAGUACUCAUAUUAUAAUAAUUUACAAAUGCAUUUUUUUAGCGAUGCAUCUACUCAGGCGAUGUCAGCUGUGGGCUAUUGGCGCUGGGAGGAUAACGGUACUAUUUAUGUUGCAUUUAUUGCAAGCAAAAGCAGAGUUAUGCCGGUAAAACAGCUGACUAUACCGAAGGCUGAGCUGCAAGCUGCAUUGUUGUCGGCAAGACUAGCCAAUGCAAUUGGAAAGGAGCACAAACUGACGCCUAUAAGGCGUUACUUCUGGUGUGACUCCUCAACUGUGAUACAUUGGAUCCGCAACAAAAAUCGUACGUAUAAGGCCUUUGAAGCAAAUCGUUUGGGGGAGAUUGACGACCUUACCCGCGUUGACGAGUGGCGGUACAUUUCUACGAAACUAAAUGUUGCCGAUUUAGCCACGCGGGACUCGUUUGAUCUAGCCCUACAAAAUGAGUGGUUCAAAGGUCCUUCUUUUUUAUACGCUGACGAAAGUCAAUGGCCUAAAAAUAUUAUACCUACCGGUAACGAGGAGACAAGGGAAUGCGUAGCAGUCGUCCAGGUGCGCGAGGAACCUGCAUGCAUUCCAGUGCCAGACCCACAGCGCUUCUCUUCGUGGCUUCGUCUCACCCGCGCCACGGCCACAGUGCUAAAGUUCAUCUCCAGGUGCAAAGGUCAAGCGGCCGAGAUCGACUGUGCUAUGAUGGAGCGUGCCGAGAUAAUUUUAUUAAAACACGCGCAAAACGAGUCUUUCGGGGAAGACUUAGCCAGAAUUAAGGCGCACGGGGCUUUACAUCGCGCAAGUAAGCUAUUAAAAUUAUCACCCAUUUUAGAUGAACAUAACCUACUUCGCGUGGGCGGGCGCAUUGACGCCGCAUCAGAUGUGCCUCUGGACGUCAAGAGACCCGUAAUCCUGGACGGCCGUCAUCAGGUAGCACGAUUAAUCGUCCGACAUUACCAUGUGAAAGCGGCCCAUGGAAGUCAGGAGAUGGUGGUUAACGAAAUAAAGCAAAGGUAUUGGGUAAUUAAACUUAGACCUACUGUUAAACUCGUGACGUCAAGGUGCAUGUUGUGCAGGAUAAUGAAGAGCAGACCUCAGGUACCUCGCAUGGGAGAUCUGCCGGGGGCCAGAAUAGAACACCAUCAGCGACCCUUUUUUCACUGUGGCUUGGACCUUUUUGGGCCAAUGGAGGUCGCGGUGGGUCGCCGCAGAGAGAAAAGGUAUGGUGUUCUAUUCACAUGCCUCACAGUGCGGGCAAUUCAUAUCGAGUUGGUUGCCUCCCUUACAACUGACUCGCUCAUCAUGGCGUUGCGACGAAUGGCGGCGCGGCGCGGCUGGCCGCGCCAUCUGUACUCGGACAAUGGAACUAAUCUGAGGGGCGCCGACACAGAGCUGCGCCGGUCGAUGGAGGCGCUAGAUAUGGACGUGCUAAAAGCUGAGGGGGUUAAUAACAAUAUGGACUGGACUUUUAUCCCCCCCGCCAGCCCCCAUUGGGGUGGGGCGUGGGAACGUUUAAUACGUUCAGUAAAGACGGCUCUAAAAGUCGUUUUGAAAGAACGGGCACCAAGGGACGAAGUUUUGACUACAUUUAUGGCAGAAGUUGAGAACAUGGUCAACGGUCGUCCAUUGGAGCACGUGUCUGUCGAUCCUGCUGACGGUGAGUCUCUUACGCCUAAUCAUUUCCUUUUAGGAUCAUCAUCGCGACUCCCUCUAGUAGGAGAGUUCGAUGAUUCUGAUCUCAACCUGAGGAAACUAUGGCGGAAGGCGCAGAGGCUCGCUGACAUGUUCUGGCAGAGGUGGCUAAGAGAAAUCUUACCCACUCUCGUGCCUAGAACAAAAUGGCUGGAGGAGCGGAAGCCGUUAAAGGUAGGAGAUCUCGUUCUGGUCGUGGAUCCCAACUCUCCCCGUAAUAUGUGGCCGAAGGGGUUGAUCACCCAGGUAAUUCCUGGCGGAGACGGCCGCAUCCGUGUAGUGGAGGUAAGGACGGCUACCGGGACUUACCGGCGAUCCGCGGCUCGCAUAGCUCCUAUUCCCGUAAGUUUAGAGUGCUGA